AUGUCCGACUGGGAAGAUGAGUACGACCAGGACGGCGUUGCGAUCCAGAAGCCCGCUGCCAAAUCAGCCCCGACAGAGAGGGAAGCGCCGUGCGAUGACCGUCAAAGACAAAAUGUGUUUUUCGGUGUGAGAAAUUGCAGCCGGUUCGGAGCCUAUAAUGACAGGAGAGCUAAUGAUAGCGGCAAAGGAUCCGAGUACGAACGUCGGAUAGACGGAGGCGACCGUGGAGGUUCAGGACGAAGACGGACUUUCGACAAUGAAAAGUCGGACUCUUCUCGGCCUGUGACUUUCACCGUGGAAAAUGCUUUAGUUGGGAGGAUAAUUGGUCGUGGAGGAGCCAAAAUCCGUGAACUUGAAGAGAGCACCGGUGCAAGAAUCAAGAUAAAUAAGGGGGAUUAUGAAGGUGAGGUGGUCAUCUUUGGAUCCUCUGAUGCCCAGCAGAAGGCCAAGGAGAUGAUUGAAGAGCUAGUGGAAGAUGGUGGCUCUCGUUUUUCUCAUGGCACUGGUAGAAGACCAGACUAUGGCGGAGGAGGUGAUGGACCAGUAAGAAAUGGCUCUGUCUGGUCCUCUGCAGAAUUACAGGCCGCAAGUGUCGUCUCAGCCCCACCAUCCAUAGACUGGAACACCAUCCGGGAGAACAAGGACAAGUAUGAAGAGCUCAAGUGGAAGGACGUCCCACCCAUGAAGAAGAAGUUUUACAUUGAGGCAGAGAGCGUGUCCAUGCUUAUAGCAGAGGAAGUCAGUGAAUGGAGGAAGGAGAACAACAAUGUCUUUGUGGAUGACCUGAAGGAGGAAGGGGAGAAGCGGACCGUUCCUAAUCCCUGUCGUACCUUUUUGGAGGCCUUCGAGCUUUAUCCAGAGAUCAUGGAGAAUAUUGACCGGGUUGGCUUUGCCAAACCAACCCCCAUCCAGUCUCAGGCGUGGCCGGUGUUAAUGAGUGGAGAGGACCUGAUCGCCAUCGCUCAGACGGGAACAGGGAAGACGCUGGCCUACCUGCUGCCAGGGUUCAUUCACAUGGAUGGACAACAAGUCCCUAGAAGUGAGCGCGGUGGUCCAGGCAUGUUAGUGCUGACUCCUACCAGAGAGCUGGCGCUGCAGAUUGAGACGGAGUGUAACAAGUACCGCUACAAGGGUUACAAAAGUAUCUGUAUCUACGGCGGAGGUGACAGGAGAGGCCAGAUCAACCUGGUGAAGGGCGGGGUGGACAUAGUGAUAGCGACACCGGGCCGACUGAAUGACCUACAGAUGAAUGAGCUCAUCAAUCUGCGCUCCAUCACCUACUUGGUGCUUGACGAGGCCGACCGUAUGCUAGACAUGGGCUUCGAACCUCAGAUUAUGAAGAUUCUUCUGGACAUCCGGCCAGACCGACAGACCGUCAUGACCAGUGCCACCUGGCCCACCGGUGUGAGACGUUUGGCCAAAUCCUACCUAAAGAAUCCCAUGAUGGUCUAUGUGGGCACCCUGGACCUGGCAGCAGUUAACACGGUGCAGCAAACGGUACUGAUCGUUCAUGAGGAGGAGAAAAAGGCCUACGUGUUUGACUUCAUCAGAAACAUGCUGCCCCAGGAUAAAGUCCUCAUCUUUGUUGGCAAGAAGCUUAUGGCUGACGACCUCUCCAGUGACAUGUGUCUGCAGGGUCUGGCUGUGCAGAGUCUCCAUGGUGACCGUGAGCAGUGUGACCGUGAAGAAGCUCUCAAGGACUUUAAAGAGAGUCGAGUUCGUAUCCUGGUCGCCACAGAUUUGGCGUCUCGAGGUUUGGAUGUCCAUGACAUAACGCAUGUCUUUAACUUUGACUUCCCGCGCAACAUAGAGGAGUACGUGCAUCGCGUGGGCCGCACCGGCCGAGCAGGACGUUCAGGUGCUGCUGUUACCCUGGUAACAAGAGAUAACUGGAGAAUGGCCCCUGAGCUGAUUCCCAUCCUGGAGCGAGCAGGACAGGAGGUCCCCGAGGAGCUGAUCCUCAUGGCAGAGAGAUACGAGAAGCACAAGAGGGAAAAGGACAUGCGCGAUCCAAGGGGAGGACAGGGACGAGGAGGAGGUGGUGGAGGAGGAGGAGGAUGGGGGAGAAGAGAUGGCGGAGGAAGAGGCGGCAGGGAUCGCGGCCAGAACUGGGGAUUCUGA